GCACAUUCACGUUUCAACAUCGACUGCGUGUGACCUAAUCCCGCACACUGCGUUCUAAACCGAAGUCUCGCGAGAGGUUCGUGAGAGGGGAUAAGUUAAGGAAACACGGCGAUGUCUAAUUUGUUAAAGAACAAGGGGUCCCUCCAGUUUGAGGACAAGUGGGAUCUUAUGCGCCCCAUUGUCCUCAAGUUGCUUCGCCAAGAAUCUGUAACUAAGCAGCAGUGGUUCGAUCUUUUCUCAGAUGUUCAUGCUGUUUGUCUAUGGGAUGACAAAGGACCAGCAAAGAUCCAUCAGGCCCUCAAAGAGGACAUCUUAGAUUUUAUUAAGCAAGCCCAAGCGCGAGUGCUCAGUCAUCAAGAUGACACAGCGCUCCUUAAGGCUUACAUCGUGGAGUGGAGGAAGUUCUUCACGCAGUGUGACAUUCUGCCCAAACCGUUCUGCCAGCUGGAGAUCACCUUGAUGGGCAAACAGGGCAGCAACAAGAAGUCCAAUGUUGAGGACAGCAUUGUUCGGAAGCUGAUGCUGGACACUUGGAAUGAAUCCAUCUUCUCCAACAUCAAGAAUAGACUGCAAGAUAGCGCAAUGAAGUUGGUCCAUGCUGAACGACUAGGAGAGGCGUUUGACUCUCAAUUGGUCAUUGGGGUCCGAGAGUCUUAUGACACAGAACAGAGAAUGAAAGCCACAGAGCCGCCACUGUUACUAGUGAACCUGUGCUCCAAUCCUGACGAUAAGCUGCAGAUCUACAGGGAUAACUUUGAGAAAGCCUACCUAGACUCCACUGAGAGGUUCUACAGAACCCAGGCACCAUCAUAUCUGCAACAGAAUGGAGUACAAAACUACAUGAAAUAUGCAGACGCUAAGUUAAGAGAGGAGGAGAAACGUGCACUACGGUAUUUAGAGACACGGCGUGAAUGUAACUCUGUACAAGCACUUAUGGAGUGUUGUGUGAAUGCACUGGUGACGUCCUUUAAAGAAACAAUCUUGGCCGAAUGUCCAGGCAUGAUCAAACGAAACGAGACAGACAAGCUGCACCUCAUGUUCUCACUGAUGGAUAAAGUGCCCAACGGGAUCGAGCCCAUGCUGAAAGAUCUAGAGGAGCACAUCAUCAGUGCAGGCCUGGCAGACAUGGUGGCGGCCGCUGAGACCAUCACAACUGACUCAGAGAAGUAUGUGGAGCAGCUUCUGACGCUAUUCAAUCGCUUUAGUAGAUUAGUGAAGGAGGCAUUCCAGGAUGAUCCGCGAUUCCUGACGGCCAGAGACAAAGCCUACAAAGCGGUUGUGAAUGAUGCAACAAUAUUUAAGUUGGAGCUGCCAUUGAAGCAGAAAGGGUGUGGACCGAAAGCCUUACUGAAUGGAAAAGAGCACCUGGACAUUCUGCUACAAACAACUCCUACUGUUCUCCAGCAAACAAAGGUGGGCCUUAAAACACAGCCAGAGUCAAAGUGUCCCGAGCUGCUAGCCAACUAUUGUGACAUGCUGCUAAGAAAGACGCCACUGAGCAAAAAACUGACCUCAGAGGAGAUCGAGCUCAAGCUGAAAGAAGUGUUGCUUGUGCUAAAAUAUGUUCAGAAUAAGGAUGUCUUCAUGAGGUACCACAAAGCCCAUUUGACGAGGCGUCUGAUUCUGGACAUAUCAGCAGACAGUGAGAUUGAAGAGAAUAUGGUUGAGUGGCUCAGGGAAGUCGGUAUGCCUGCAGACUAUGUUAACAAGCUCGCCAGGAUGUUUCAGGACAUCAAAGUGUCAGAAGAUCUCAACCAGGUUUUCAAGGAGAUGCACAAACACAACAAAUUGGCUUUACCAGCUGACUCUGUGAACAUAAAGAUUUUGAACGCUGGAGCGUGGUCACGCAGCUCAGAGAAAGUCUUCGUGUCUCUGCCCACUGAACUAGAAGACCUCAUCCCUGAGGUGGAAGACUUCUACAAGAAGAACCACAGUGGCCGCAAACUUCACUGGCACCAUCUCAUGUCCAAUGGCAUUAUCACUUUCAAGAAUGAAGUAGGGCAGUAUGAUCUGGAGGUCACAACCUUUCAGUUGGCGGUACUUUUUGCCUGGAACCAAAGACCCCGGGAGAAGAUCAGCUUUGAGAAUCUGAAACUUGCCACAGAGCUGCCUGAUGCUGAACUGAGACGAACCCUCUGGUCUCUUGUUGCCUUCCCAAAGCUCAAACGCCAGGUGCUGACAUAUGAACCUCAAGUGAGCUCUCCCAAAGACUUCACAGACAGUACAUUGUUUUUCGUUAACCAGGAAUUCUCUCUUAUAAAAAACUCCAAGGUUCAGAAGAGGGGGAAGAUAAACCUGAUUGGUCGAUUGCAGCUGACGACUGAGCGAAUGAGAGAAGAAGAGAACGAAGGCAUCGUCCAGCUUAGAAUAUUAAGAACGCAGGAGGCCAUCAUUCAGAUCAUGAAAAUGCGUAAGAAGAUCACAAACGCUCAGCUGCAAACCGAGCUGGUGGAGAUCCUGAAGAACAUGUUUCUUCCUCAGAAGAAGAUGAUCAAAGAACAGAUCGAGUGGCUCAUCGAGCACAAGUACAUCAAGAGAGACGAGACGGACAUUAACACCUUCAUCUACAUGGCGUAACUUCGAAACGACUCCGCAGAUGAUUCGCCGCCGUUUUGGGGAUGACGUACUUUUCGCAGGACCAGCAGCAGCGGCGGAGGGAUAGUGAUGUCUUGAAGAUACUGCUUGGGCUGCUGGUCUUCCAGCGUAGUGAUGACACCAGAAAAGUUCAUUUAAAAAAUAAAUAAAUAAAUCCCUGCCUUACCUUACAGCGAAGACACGAGAUGAGGAUAGGAGAUUUAAAAAAAAAUAUGAAUAAAGACAAAGGAUUAUAUUUUUGCCAUUGGUAGUCAGUAUGCAUGGUGGGCGGUUUGCCUUUAUUUGUGCACAUCUCCAGCAGCAUGCCGCCAGUGGGAAUGUCACAUUCAUCUGAGGACUUGUUUGUGUGUGCUGUGCUAGAGUGUUUUUCCCUCCUGAAUCCUCCGCGUGGAUCUCGUCACCCCGCCCGUCCUCGGCGCACAGCCUGGCUGAGAGCCGCCACGCCCGCUACUGCCGUGCGCACCGUCGCCUAGGGAUCCACUAGGGAGCAUGGCCUGGGAUGUAGGACCAGCAUUAGCACUUUUCACAAUAUCUGCCUAGUUUAUCAGCAUGGCUUUGUUUUAACAUUAUUUUCGGGUUGUUUUUCUUGUCUUUGGGUUUUAUUUGAAUUUGUUGUUGUUUCAUCAGAGUGAUGAGUUUCGAACACUUCAGGCUACCAAGCAAACAUUUCUGCACCUAUCCUUAGGCUACAAGAAAUUCAAACACAAAUUGGGCUUAAGCUUUAUUAAUGCCAGGAUUUGUACUGUAAGACGUCCUGGCAUCUAAAAAAGCUUUCAGAAAUUCAGGGUCCGCCGGCUCACGCGGCGGUUUCGGAUACGUUUUCGCAAGUGUUUGUUACGUAAGAAGUCUACACCUAGUCAGGAAGGUUUGCUAAUAUUUCUUUCAUUUCACGCAAAGCCAGAUGGAGACGGGCAGUGUGUUUUCUUUUUUGCUCCAUUGAUGCUGACUGAUUUAUUUCAGGGCUGUUUUCUUGUAAGGGCCCUGUAAUCAAGAGGGGGCCACUUAAGUCUUCUCAUUGUAGGGCCCGAAAUCAAAAAAUCCAUCAAAAGUUUGUCACUGCCACUUGAGUUUUAUAGACAACUCUCGCCCCAUUAUUGUUGAGUCUGCUCAACAUCUAAAGCACAGGGGUAUUGGCAAGCAUCGCUCCAACCUUAGGUAAAGUGGGACAGGAGACUAAUUUAAGAGUAGAUCGUUCUGCCUUCAUUUGUGGCUCGCGGCCCUCGCUAAUUACAUUUUGCCAAAGCAAAACACAGGAGUGCUGAUCUAAAAAUGAAAUAAAGUGGAUAAUGUAUUAAUUUUUUCUCCUUAACCUGGUUUUGAUGAAUUCAUGUGAUCUCAAAUUCUUUGCCACUUUAAUUUUACAUUCUAUUAAAGGGAUAGUUAACCCAAAAAUGAAGUUCUGUCAUCAGUUACCCUCAUGUUGUUCAAAACCUGUAUCAAUUUUGUCCAAUGUUUGUAACCAAACAUUGGGGCACCAUUGACUUCCAUUGUAUUUUCCUACUUUAGAAGUCAAUCGUGCUCCUGGUUCCUGCUUAAUUUUAAAGAUCACUGAAAAAAAUGAUUCAUUCAAUUGACUCAAUUUUUUAAGGUAAGUGGUUGCAUUCAAUUUAUUUAAGCUACAUUUGAACAAAAAAAAUUAGAAAGACAAAACAAAACAAAAAACUUUUGUUUAAAUGUACCUUAAAUAAAUUGAUUGCAACCACUUACCUUAAAAGAAUUUAGUAAAUUGAAUGAAACAUUUUUUCACUUUUGUUUAGCAGAACAAAGACAUGUAUACAGGUUUGAAACAACUUUGUGGUGAGUAUCUGAUGACAUAAUUUUCAUUUUUGGGUAAACCAUUUAAUUCAUAUUUUUAAAGCCACCUUUAGUCGACAACCUUCUCAAUAAAACUUUUUUGACGUUUCUUCUAUUAAAUGACUAGAUGCAGUCACCACAUUUGAAGAAAAACUUGUGCAACUAUUUAAUAAACAUUGAUAUUUUGUUUAUUAUAAUAAAUAAAUGCAGUGUCCCACAUAUGUAUCACGGUUAUUAUUUUGUAUGAGUACUAAAAGCUACAGUAUUAGUUUCUUAUGGGCAUGUUUAGGAUAUUGGCAGCCUCUGGUCAGUGAGUUUGAUAUACAAUGAGAAUUACUAAUGGCAUUAUUGAAUAUAGGCGAACGUGCAUAACUUAAAACUUUUUGUGUCACAUUAUAUACAAUCAGUCUUUUAUUAUGUGUAAUAAAAAAAUAUCCAAACGAAAUAUGAGACAAAUAAGUUUCUGAGGACGACAACAUAACCUCCCAAUAAAAUAUGUGCCACUGAUGAUUAAAUGAAGUGUCUGCAGAAUAGCUGUCCAUCUCCACUAAUGCUUUUCUUGUCAGGCAUUUAAAUUGAACUUGUUUGAUUUUUGCGUGGUCGAGUGUAAAUACCAGAAAGAUUCCCAUUGAUUGUAGUGUGAAGGCGUUGUUUAUUCUACCCAGAUGUACAACAGUAUUUGAAAACAUUGUGUUAUUUGAGUGUCCACUUUAUUUAUUUAUAAGCUGAACAUGUUUGUGAGGGUGAAGAGAGAGAGUGUGUAUUUGUGCGUGUGUGUGUGUGUGUGUGUGUGCGUGCACAGGCUGCUGCCAUUUUCUGUUACGUUUAUGCAUCUACAUUUUUGAAAUUUAAAAUCAUUGUUACUGUAUGUUUUCCUGUAUCAGUUUUUCUAGGUAAUCACAUUUUUUAGGACAAGCACUAUCACAUUUAUCAAUCACAGAGGACAUUUCUUUGUGCUUGUUGUCUUCUGGGACUAAAUUAUGAUUUUUUUAAAUGAUGUCAAAUGCAGUGUAUAGUCCCAAAAACUGAAGUUUCAGUUUUUUUGAAGUGAAAGAGGAUGAAAUUAAAUAAAUUUUGUGUCUAAAUUUGUGUGAAUGACCUUAAUUGGAAAUGUUAUGUGAAAUUUACAAAUGUACUCUUUUUUUUUUCCAUGCAUUUCCAUUUUUUGAUGCACAAGUUUCAGUAAUUGGAGUCUAUGUGCAUAAUAUUUAGUGAUACAAUGCAAUAAGUGAUCGGGAAAGUUUAUCAAAGACCAUUUUUGAUCUGUUAAUGCAGCUUUCUCUAAUAAAUGUUCAAUUCUGAAUGCGUAUUCAUAUGAACACAUUAUUACGAUUAUUGUGUCCCACUAAAAGGGUGUCAUUUCUAUUUUGAGGUUAGUAAUUUGUCCGUGAUGUUUUAUUUUUAAGAUGAAAUUAAUUGAGAGUCACAUUAUAGAUAAAAUGGAUUCUCUAAUCAUUUCUAAUGCUGUUUCAAUACUGUAGUAAUAAUGUGUCUUGUGAUUUCCUAACACUGACUGUCCCACUUUAUCACAUAGCAUUUUUUUCUGUGCCCCCCUUCUGUCUUCCAUCUUCGUAUGAGUUUUCAAAACUUCAUUCAAACUUUCUAUAAACACAACUGAACAUUUGUGUAUCUUAAAAACAUCUCUUAAUCGGUUUAUUCAGAAUUAAUACUUUAGCCAGAUAUGUUAAAAUUGCAUUUGUAAUCAGUAUUUAUAUUCACAGAGUGACUCUAAAAAUCUCUGUAUUCAUUUGUAUGAGAUUAAAUAUUAAACUGAUCAUUUCGUUAUGCGGUUCAAUGGGAAACUGAACACACAAACUUGAGUGGCCUGCAAUGUGACGCACAGCUUUUGUGACAAGCAAAAUGAUCUGUAAUCCUGAGAGGGUGACUUACAAUUGCCUGCUUUCAAGAUUUCUUGCCUGGAGCCAACAGCUUCAAGAAUAUUUGAAAUGUAUCUCUGAAAUGUCUAAGGUGUGCCACUGUCCGGGAUCUACCGGUAGAUAAAGGUUAAACAGAUGCUGUUCUUGGAGUUAAGUUGGAGUGAGCCAUGUGUACUGCUAUCUUAUUGGGAUUCUAUUUGUUUGUUGAGUUGCAAUAUUUAUUUACUGGCAAAAUAAAAAUGACUUAAAGGAGGCUGA